AUGGCAUCAUCAAUUUACUAUCUUACCCCUCUCCUCCUCUUCUUCUUCACCUCCUGUUCCACCGCCGCCCUCGUGGAGGAGCAGCCCCCGCUGCUCAAAUACCACCACGGCCCCCUCCUCAAGGGCACCGUCACCGUCAACCUCCUCUGGUAUGGCGUUUUCACCCCUGCCCGCCGCUCCAUCAUCGUCGACUUCCUCGAAUCCCUCAACUCCACCAAACCCCCCGCCCCCUCCGUCGCCUCGUGGUGGAGGAAGACGGAGAGGUACAACGGCGUCCGCGGCUCUGUAGCUGUCGCCGCGAGGCAAAUCCUCGACGACCGCUGCUCAAUUGGGAAGUCCCUCAAGACUUCCCAAAUUGCCAGUCUGGCCGCAAAAAUCAGCAGCCAGACUGGCAACUUGAUCAGCGUCGUCCUCACAGCGGACGACGUCCGCGUGGACGGGUUCUGCAUGAACCGGUGCGGGACCCACGGGUCGUCGUCGGCCCGUCGGCCGGGCCGGUUCUUGUACGCCUGGGUGGGCGACGCCGGGGCACAAUGCCCUGGCUUCUGCGCGUGGCCGUUCCACAGGCCAGCGUACGGCCCGCAGGGGCCGCCGCUGGUGGCGCCGAACGGCGACGUGGCGGCGGACGGGAUGGUGGUUAACUUGGCGGCUGUGCUGGCCGGGGCGGUGACGAAUCCGUUCAGCGACGGGUACUAUCAGGGCGCGGCGGCGGCGCCGGUGGAGGCGGUGACGGCGUGCGCGGGGGUGUUCGGGAAGGGGGCGUACCCGGGCUACGCCGGGGAGAUUAAGACGGAUGAGGCGACGGGGGGGAGCUAUAAUGCGCAUGGGGUGAAUGGGCGGAGGUAUUUGCUUCCGGCGAUGUGGGACCCGCGGACUUCACGGUGCUCUACGGUGGUGUGAGUGUUUUGUGGAUAUGGGGUUGUACUUUGGGGUACAGGUGUUGUACAUUCUAUUUAAGUUUCGAUUUGGGGUAAUUUGUUGUCGUGUCAAGUCAGAGAAGGAGAAAUAAAUGUUUUAUGGUUAAUAAAAGGUGAGCUCAAUUUGAGGUCAGUGUAAUGAGUAUAUAUUCGAAAUAUAUAUGGUUAAUAAAUUAUGGUUUAUGGUUAA